AUGCUCGAGCAGCCUACUCUGGCGAUCCCCACCGCUAAACAGGAGGAAAUACACGUACCACAAGGUGAAUACCCGCUCAAGCUCGGGAAACUCGCCGUGCUAGUUGUGCUAGCAGUUAGCGACACGUUCACAGACGAACUCUGGGACUGCGAGGUGCUAGUCGUCGUUGAAGCAGAUGUUGAGCUCGAUGAAAGCGUUGGGAACGUCGACGGCGGUAUUAAUGUCUGUCCCCAUACGAGCACUGAUGCUGGGAGAAAAGCGAGCAAAGAUAUUGGUACCAGAUGCAUGGUUGUCCAGGUGGAGGUCCGAGUCGCCUUCGAGAUGAAGGCCUCGGAGGCCGUUGGUCAACAGGGACAAGCAUAG